UCCUUCCACGAAGCACCCGCCGCGGAGCACUUUCGCCAUGCCCACGUGUUUGUAUUCGAAUUUCAGCUCAAAUACUGAGCUUCAUACUGGACCUUGGCAAAACAGGAGCGUUGCUUCAAGCCGAAGCAUCAAAGCCCGGCUGCUGCAGAUACGUCUCGGUACACCAGAAAGAAAGCCGCCACCUUGUACCUGACCUUUUGAGCUCAUGAAGAUGAAGGUUUUCUCCAUUGCAGUCAUUGUGGCUUGGACAUGCCUUAAUGCAGUAAAGUGUUUCCCUCAAGGUGGAAACAGCGUGAUCUCGCAUUGCAAAGACUUACGCCCUGCUCACAUAGGUGCACCACAAACAAGCAGUGCACCAUACGUCAUUUCAACUGACAUUGAUACCGUGGCUGGCUAUACACCGGAGGAAUCAUAUACAGUUACUCUUCAAGCAACAAAUGCAUCUGUCUAUCCAACUCACGGAUUCAUCAUCCAGUUCCGAAACUCUGACAACUUCACGACAAGAGGUGUUUUCACCGCCUGGAACUCCUCCAUUGCAGCUCAGGGGGACUGUGACCGGCUUCAAGAUACUAUUGUUCAGUUCAACCCGAACAGAGUAGAUUUACCAGAGGUAAUCAAUUUCACGUGGCAGGCACCUUCCAGUGGAGCGGGACCGCUAAGAAUUUGGUCUUCUUAUGUGGUUAGCUAUCCAGUAUACUGGAUUCACGGCUUUGUGAGCCAAGAAAUUGCCGAAGGAGGAGGUGCGGCCAUCACCACUGAUGAAACACCAGCCAGUGUUGUGGUUGACCUGAGUAUGUGCGGCGAAACAAAGGGUUGCUUCCGCUACCCGCCAACAUGUUCCUCCCAGUCAACCUGCCAGUAUAUCUACACACAACAAACAGGCACGGCUAUGAGUGGAGAAGAAUAUGUCGAGAUUGAGCUGUCCAGCACUGAUCCCGGCUGGGUGUCGGUUGGUUACAGUGUUGAUAGGAUCAUGGGUGGCUCAGAUAAUCCGCCGGAUGAUGUACUUGCUUGCCAGUACUCCGGCGCAUCCGUGGAAGUCAAGAAUGGUUACAUUAUCGUCAUCCCUGGCAGUCGCUUCCACCUGAACGACAAUGCUACUGUUGUGGGAGCAGGUCUCACUGUUCUUGGUGCAUCAUACUCCAAUGGUGUCCUGGCCUGUAGAUUCCGACGCAAUUUGUACACCGGAAGUCCUUUCGACAAAGAUCUAAGGGAAUCCUAUUACCAGUUUUACGUGUGGGAUCCAACCCCAGGUGGUCUUGUUGCACCUCUGAAUUACCAUGCAUUCAACGCUCCGAUCAUUUCCAGCAGGAUUCUAUCCGUGAAUGCCAAUGACACAGACUUGCAUAUUGCUGGUUGCCAACCCUGGACUGAAUGGAGUGCAUGUUCGGUUUCCUGUGGUGGAGGUACACGCCAAAGACAGAUGCCUUGUACAGCCAGCAAUUCCACGUACGACCAGGAAGCGUGUGCCACUGCUGAAUGCUCAGGUGCUACCAGGUUUGCAAUGACAAUGGGGAGCAAUGCUCUAGCAUUGGUACUAGCUCUCCUGUACCUGUUCAUACAGUAAUACUAGUCCGGCACAACAUGGGUCAUGGCUCAUGGUCUAAAUGCUGGUGUUAGUUAUAGACUUGGCUUGGCUGUGCAUAGCUUGCUUGGCGGAAGAAUGUUUGCUAUAGUAUAGAAAACACCUCAAAUCCGAAACCGGCAUUGUAUCAUCAUUGUGUGCAUAAACUGCAUUUCUAGUGACCACCUUAGUCCGGAUCGCGGAGUAUGCAGUUUAUCACCGCACCACCAAUACAGCACCAAUCCUUGGUCGUGAUCAGCUACAGCUCACUGAUGUUUGUUCUGAACGGAAUCUGUUUGGUUUCGUCCAUGAUUGCAUUGGCAGAUUUUCAAGUCCAUUUCUCUGCGGCAGAAGUGUUUGUGCUCCUCUCAGCUGCUGCACCCCCCCCCCCCCACCCCUCCUAGGCCCUACUUUGCUCAUGUCUACUUUUCGAAAGGUUUAGUUCUCCCCAGUAUCACCUCAUGCCUUAGGAUAAUCUCAUUCCAUCUUCUUGCCCGCAAUAGGUCGAACAGCCAUCUGUUUACUUUUACUCCACUUCCUCACCGUACAAACUCUGUCAUUAUAAUUAUUACCACUUCUGGCACGGCUGGCUCAGGUAUUACCCUGCAUUAAAGAAUGUAAAGACUUUAAAAAAA